UCAAUUUUCGUUUUAUUCGCCAUAAUUGAAAUUUCAUUUCAUUUUUUUUCUGUUUGAAAUAUUUUUUUAAAAAUCCAAAAUCAUUUUCGAUUUGCCAUGUCGGCGAAUGAUUCAGAUAACGAUAGUUGCCAUUCAUCUUCAUCAUCAUCAUCUUCAUCAUCAUCCUCGACAUCAUCUUCGAAUUCUUCAAAUUCAUCUUCAUCUAAAUCACAUUCAUCAUCGUCAUCACAUGCAUCAAAACGAUCUUCCAAUUCAUCAUCUUCAUCAUCAUCAUCAUCUGAUUCAUCAUCAGGAUCCGAAUCUGAUGAUGAUAGCUCACCAAAAACCGAAACAGUGAAAAUAGGCGACAAUCAUGAUUCUUCAUCAUCGGCGGGAUCAUCAUGUUCCCAAAACGAAUCUGGCUCUGAUUCAUCGUCAUCAUCAUCAUCAUCAUCCUGUUCUUCCUCUUCAUCAUCAAGUGAUAAUGAAAAUGAUGAUGAAAAAGUAGAUGAAGAAGAUGAAGAUAUAGAUGCCAGUGAUUCUGAUAAUGAUGAUGAUGAUGAUGAUGAAGGUAGUGGUUAUUCAUCAGAUUCAUCGAAAAGUAGUACACAAUCAUCUUCGAAUCAAUUUAGAUAUUCAACCGAGAUAAUCAUGACGGAAAAUCGUAAUCAUUCGAAACGUUCCUCAUCAGCAGCAGCUACACCAUCAAAAGAUAAUGAUAAUUUAUUUACUAGUCUUUGUAAAUCGCCAAAUUCUUUACCAAGAAUAUCAUUUAUGUCCGGUUUAACUGAAAAUAAUAAAUCAUCAUUACAAGGACUUCCAAAUCGAUUGCAUGCAACCGUACCGGCACCAGAUUCACGUCCAAUUCCAACAAGAUCAACAUUCGAUAAUAACCGGCAACAAUCAUUACAACAAUCAGCUCGUUUUACAUCACAAUUAUCACCUUUAAAUGAAAAUGAUGCAACAAAAAAACCAAAAUUUCGUACUAGAGUGAAAAAAGAAGAUAUUGUUGAUAUACCUAUCACCGAACGUGAUCGUGAAAUUCUUUUGGCAAUCGGAAAAAUCAAACGACAAAAACAACGACCAUCAGUAGAUCGUUUAUAUAAUAUUUUGAUUCGAUCAAGACGUUCGGAUUGGGAUACAAAGACAAAAAUUCAAUGUCAUUUAGAUGAUAUGAUACGACGUUCAUUAUUAGCACGUGUUAAUAAUAAUGAUAAAGGUUUUGUUUCCUAUCGUGAACUUAAUUCAGCCAUACCGAUUGUAGCAAUAAACAAUCCAUUAAAAUCACGUGUUCAUCUUCUUGAUGAUAGCUCAAAAAAUAGUGAUCCUGAUCAGACAGCUAAAACUUGUCAAAGUACAUCAUCAUCAUCAUCGACGAAGAAAAAAUCUGUAUCAACAUCAACGACUACAACAACAUUAGAUUCGAUUGAUGAAUCAAUUGAAAGAGUUGUUCGACGUUAUUGUAAAGAUACAUUAAAUCGACAACAAUCAUUUACAACAAAUAUCGAUAAUAAUAAUGAAAAUAAUCAUCGUUCCGAACGACAUAGAAAAUGUGGAAUGUGUGGCCAUAGUACUAAAGAUGAUAAAAAUGAUGAGCUUAUUACUUGUUCAGUUUGUGGAAUGUCUGGUCAUUCAUCUUGUUUAGGUUGUUCACCAACAUUAUUAGCCCGUAUUCGACAAUUACCUAAUUGGGAAUGUCCAAAUUGUAAAAAAUGUCCACGUUGUGGUCAACAUGAUGAUGAAACAAAUAUUGUUUGUGUUAUUUGUGAUCGUGCUUUUCAUCGUACAUGUUUACGUUGGAAUCCAUCAAAUUCGGUGUUUCUUUCCAAAUAUACAUGUGAUGAUUGUGAUAAAAUUUAUACAAACGAAACAGUAUCAUCUGCUACAACAACGACAAAGAUUACCAAAAAUGAUAAUAAUCGUAUUUCUAUUGAUCAAUCAUCUGGAAUAAUACAACGAUCGGAUAUAAAAUUAGCCACAGCAAUUCGGCAUCAUCCAUCAUCAUCUAUUGAACAACAACAACAUUGGCAAAAAUCAUUCGAAUCUAAUCAUAAACGACCAUACGAUAGUCCAGAUACAACAAAUUCUUUGGAUUCGAAAUUACAAUCAACAGAAAAAUCGGAAGAAAAUUCUACACAAUUAUUAGAAUUUUGUCGAAAAUAUCUUGGUCGUCGUGGACGACGUAAAGGUUCAUUCCAUCUAAAACGUGAUCUUGUUUCAUAUCGUACCAUAACUCAACAACGAUCAAAUUUAUCACAAUUGAAUUAUCAAUUAAUUCGGCCUGAACUUAAAUCCUUAUGUACGACAACAAUUGGACAAUCUUCAACAUCAUCAUCAUUGCCUGAUAGUUCAGAAAUUGUAGAUACUUUAGAUUCUGCUAUUGAAACAACUGAUUUCCAAGUAGUUAAUAAUAAUAAUAAUAAAGAAAAUAAUGAAGAUGAACAUAAUUCCAGCUGCAAACGUAAUAAACGAAGAAAACAACGCAAAAAUUUGAAUCGAAAAACAGAUGUAAAAAAUUCAACAAAAUUAGAGACAGAUCCGAAUUCCUGUAGCAGUAUUAGUGUUCAUAUACAAAAUCCAUCAAGCACUUAUUUAGCACCGAUCGUUCCGGAAUCCGAUAACGGGGACGACGAAGAAAUUAAGGAAAUUCUUUCUAUAUCAUCGAAUCAUAAAACGAAGCUCAAAAAAAUGAGAAAGUCAAGCAAACAAACUUUGAUCACUGAAUUUUUGAUAAAACCAUCACCAUCUUCGUCGACGACCAAAGCUAAUGAAAAUCAAUCAACAGAUGAAAAUGGUAAUAGUAGCAGUGAUGAUGAUGAUAAUGAAAAUAGUGAACCAUGUCGAACACCUAAUAAGCAAAAAUCUAGUUCAAAACCAACGACAGCGGUGAAAAAAUCAACAAAGAAAAAAAGUCGCAAAUUCACUCCAAUUAAACGACGAAGAAAUCAGCAAAAACGAAUUGAAGCCGAUGUUUCUAUGAUCAUAGCCGGAAAUGAUGACUAUAAUAAUGAUGAUGAUGAUGAUGAUGAUAGUGGAAUGGCACCCGAAAAAUUCAAAACCUCCACACCCAAACCAAAUAAACAUGGCCGUCAAAAAGUGAAGAAAUCCAAAGAGAAUAUCGAAAAGUCUACUAAAUCGAAAAAUCGAAAUCGUUCCAUAGUUACCAAAAGUAAUAAUAGCACUAGUGAUAGAAGACAUUCUGAGAUAUCAUCACCAAAUAGUCAACAUUCACCAUUUUUAGAUGGUCAUAAGAAAAAUUAUCGUGCCCUUUCACCACCUCUUCCAUUGGAUGCAACAAUGGAAAUAACGGCGGAUGAUGAACAAUUGUUUAAAAAAGUACAACAAGUUGCCGAAAAUGGUCUUUCAUCGAUCAUUCUGACACCAUUGAAAACCCAAAGUCCAGGAUCAAAAAAUGAUGGUGAACAUGCACAGCUUCGUUGUCCGGCCGCGAUUGAAUUUGGUAACUAUGAAAUCGAAACUUGGUAUUCAUCUUUAUAUCCCCAUGAAUAUGCAAGGCUACAAAAAUUGUUUAUCUGUGAAUUUUGUUUGAAAUAUAUGAAGAGUUCUGAUAUGAUGGAAAGACAUAUGAAAAAAUGUUCACUAAAAAGACCACCUGGUGAUGAAAUUUAUCGCUCAAGGCAAAUAGUACCGAACUUUCAUAUAAAAACGCCAAUUUAUCUAUCAGUAUAUGAAGUGGAUGGCGCCAAUUCAAAAUGGUAUUGCCAAAAUUUAUGUCUUUUAGGCAAAUUAUUUAUCGAUCAUAAAACGUUAUUGUUCGAUGUGGAACAUUUCCUUUUCUACAUACUUACUAUUGAUGAUAUUUAUGGAUCUCAUAUUGUUGGAUAUUUUUCCAAAGAAAAAUUUUCUACAAAGCAUUUCAACGUAUCAUGUAUUGUGACAUUACCACAAUAUCAACGAAGUGGUUUUGGUCGUUUUUUAAUUGAUUUUUCUUAUCUAUUAUCAAGACGUGAAGGAUUAAUUGGGACACCAGAAAAACCGUUGUCUGAACUAGGAAAAUUAUCAUAUCUAUCUUAUUGGCGUUUUAGAAUUUAUGAUUAUGUUGAUCGGUUAUUCAAACAAACAAAUGAAAACCCAAAAGAUUCACCGGAUGAGAAUUUGAUGAAAAUAUCAAUCCAACAUAUAUCCGAAAAAAUCGGUCUAAAUGUCAAUGAUAUAUCGUCCACAUUACAAUGGUGUAGUGCAUUUAGAAAAAUCAACAAAGAAUGGUUAUUAGAAUUCAAGCAAGAAGAAAUUGAACGCUGUCUACAGAAGCCUAGAAUUUCAUUGAAUGAAGAUAAUCUUAUAUGGGAGCCCCUCAUUUCAAAAGAACCUCAAAUCUCAGCAAAAAAUGAUGAAGUGUAUAAUGUUCUUUUCUAUGAUGAGGCGUUAGAUCCAAGUGGUUUGAAUCAAUCUAUGAAAAAUAGCACACCGUUACCUGGAAAAUUGAAGAAGAAACGUCGUCGUCGUUGGAAUAAAGCAUAUAAUCAUACACCUACAACAAAACGCAGGAAAAAGAAAAUAACAACUGGGGAAGAAAUAGGUAAUCAAAGAAUUUCUGACGAAGAUGAAGACGACGAGGAGGAUGAUGAUGAGGAUAGUCGGAUGACGUUUGAAAAUGACACCGAGGAUGAUGAAGAUUCCGAUGUCUAUGAUGAGAAUUACGAUGAAGACGAAGAAGAGGAAGAGACAAUAAAAGAAGACUCUUCGAUUGUUACGAAUGGUAAUGUCGAUUCGGCAGCAACGACGUCGCUUCAUCAUCGGACCAGAUCGACUGUGAACAAUCACGAUGAAUCUAGCUGUGAUAAACCGAUUACCAUAAUUAAUGGUCAUCAUCAUCAUCUUCGAAACAUUAGUAGUUCUGCUUCGGCUGCUAUUAUUGCAGAAGAUUCCAAUUCAUCACCAUUGUUCAAAGUUCGUCGUAGAAAACGGUCUACAUCACGAUCACCAUUCAAACGAUUAAAACAAGAUUCCUCUUCAUUAUCGGCAACAACGUUAGAUAAAAUGCCAAUUUCAUUAACAAAUGGAAAUCAUAAAACAAUUAAUGGUAAAUUACCGGUUCGAAAUCUAAAUCUAGGUGGUGAUGAUGAAACCAAAAAUAUUGAUGCUGGUGAUAAAGACCAUCAUAAUAGUGAAUCUUUAUCCGAUUCAAAUUCUGAUGUUUCCAAUGAUAAGAAUGAGAAUGUUACAGCAUCAACACUAAUGUUAAUGAAACAACAACAUUCAUCUCCAUUAAGAAAUCAUCAUCAUUCACCAAGAAAUCUUUCAAAUGGAGUUUGCUGACCAGCAAAUAUUCAUGGACUAUUUCACUAAUGUCCUGUUUUCCAAUUUGUAAAUUGAACCAAUUCACAUACACACACACAAAAACAAAUAACAUCAUUAAUUAUAUACUACAACAAUAGAAUUAUAUUGUUUAUGUUUCAUUUUUUGUAUAUUAUGAAUUUGUAGAUGAUUUCCAUUGACAUUUUUCUCCCAUCCACCAAUUUACCG